CACGGAGUGAAUGAUACACAAUAAGUUAAUUUUUUUUGUUUUUAAAAAAAGCCUAAUUUUUCCUCUCUCUCUUUUUUUUCCCUUUUUUUAUUUUCCUUUUUUUCAUUUUCUUUCUUUCUUUUACUUAUUCUUUACUACUAAUUAUACUUUUUCAGUCCCUUCUUUUAAGCUUCAAUCAACUUUUUUUCAUUUACGAAUUAUAAUCUAUAACAUCUGUCUUAAUGGGUCAAUUACUUUCGUCCUUGAAUCUCCGCGGUAAUUCAGAUAUAGUGCCUGAAAUAGGCUUUGAUAUAGAAAAUGCUGCACCUUCUCCAGAAGAAUUAGAGAUUUACAAUGAAUUACAUACACUCUUAAUUCAACCCACAUCCAACCUAUUACAGUCCUUUAAACAGUAUGAACCAGCGUCCGAUGCUAUUCGAGAUGCCAUAGCAACACCUAGUGAUGAUAAUGAAGAUAAAGCAUGGAAUGCUGUUUUACCUACAGUGAACAUGCUUCGCACAUUUUAUAGUUAUUCCUCCGAACUAGGAAGGGGUAUUCCAAUAUUAUUGAAUGUGCUAUGUAAAGAUGGAACAACCAAAGACUUAGAUAGACAUCCAGGAUUAACAAAACUAUUCGCCGAUUUACUUGAUUUUGUGUUUGAAUUUGAUUAUUUAAAGAUAAGAAACCCUACAAUUCAAAACGACUUCUCGUUUUAUAGGCGCACAUUACAAAGAGGAAGAAGUACAAUAGAUGCGAAUGAUCCUACGAAAUCAGAUUUACGUACAGCAAUGGAUGAAGAUGAUUUGGCUAAUCGAAUAUCGUUAUUUAUUGCCUAUUCAACGCCCAUGCUUAAAUGCGUAAUCGAUACAACCACAAAAUAUGUUCAGUCAAGCCAAUUGACAAAGAGUGUAGGCGAAUGGUUAUCGAGCAUCUGGGCUGUUUGCUAUCAAACACUAUAUAAAAAAAAGUAUUCGAACGAACCCACUCUGACCAGUUUCUGCCUAAAGGUCAUGGUCGUAUCCAUCAUACUCUAUGAUCACAUUGACCCGCAAGGAGCCUUUAGCAAGUAUUCCCCUAUCAAUGUUAAAAAUUCUUUAAAAAUCAUUCAAUCCAUUAAUACACAACAAGAACAAUCAAGUACCAUUAAUCUUAUAUCUGCUUUACGUUAUAAUUCAAAACAUCUCAAUGAUGAAUCAACACCAAAAGGAAUUAAAAACAUGAUCAUGGCGACUUCUUAAACCAUUUGCAUAUAAAGAAAAUUCUAUAUAUAUAAAAAAACAAUCAUGAAUUCCCGCCCUAUUAUUGUCUGUGUAACAUAACACAAUAUAGCAACAGGUCAAAGGAAAGCUGUUGUUCUUGUUGUUGCUACAAUUACUUUUUAUUUUCGUUGAGAAAGUAUAAGAUGUGUGUUAUGCGGUCACCAUGACUACAGCUGCGGUGACAAUGGUUACCAUGAAGCUAAUGUUAUUAAUGUUAAUCAUACUAAUAUUCAAAUACUAACCUAACCAUUUAACAACAUUAGAUGUAAUUGAGGCAUGUAAUUAUUCAGCACUAAGCUAACGCUACUGUAUUUGAUUCUUUUUUGCCCUACCUUUUAAAUUGGGUAAAUGUACAGG